GACCCGGCGGGCGGCUCCCACAGACUCCCGGCCUCUUCCCUUCUCUCUUUCUUUCUCUUUCCUUCUUUUCCUUAAGUACUUCCUUCUAUCUCCCGGUGGUCUUGCAACCACUUUGCUCCCCUCCCCCACUUAAGCUCACCGCUUCCAGUUCCUUCUACCUCUCUCCUCUCGCCCCCUUCUCUCUGUGUCACUCUCCCUGUUAGUUCUUUUGUGUCUACAAACUUUUGCACAGAACACUGGCCUCAGCUAACAAGUCCUCCAGCUCCUCCUGCUGCUCCUGCUUGCUCCUGCCGUUUCUCUUCAGACACUAGCGCCAGUCGGUGAUGCCUCGGGGGUUGUGACUUCAACGCAGAAACUUGGAGGAGCUCUUUGCCCGCCGUCCUACUUGGCAACCAACCCUCUUCUACCAGCGAAUGACCAUGUGUAGCGGAGCGAGACUGGCCCUGUUGGUCUACGGGAUAAUAAUGCACAGCAGCGUCUACUGCUCACCUGCCGCUGCCGGACUCCAGUUCCCAGGGAUCAGGCCGGAGGACGAGGCGUACGACGAGGACGGAAACCCGCUGCAGGACUUCUACGACUCGGACCCGCCGGGCGCCGGCAGCCCCGCCUCCGCGCUGCGCGACGCCUACGCGCUCUACUACCCCGCGGGGAGGAGAGAUGUCGCCCACGGAAUCCUUACCAAGGCUUACCGCAGAGUGCUGGACCAGCUGUCCGCCAGGAACUACCUGCAGACGCUUGUGGCCAAGGGCGUAGGUGGGAACCAAGGCGGCGGCGCGGAGAACGACUCGGAGCCGCUCUCCAAGCGCCACUCUGACGGAAUCUUCACGGACAGCUACAGCCGCUACCGGAAACAAAUGGCUGUCAAGAAAUACUUGGCGGCGGUCCUAGGGAAAAGGUAUAAACAAAGGGUUAAAAACAAAGGACGCCGAAUAGCGUAUUUGUAGCGAUGAGUUACCAGCCACCCUGUGUAUACAGCCCUGACUCAAUGAAAAGGCAUUUUCCCAAUUGACUGAACAGUCAUCGCUCAUGUGUUCUAUCCAAACAUGUAUUUAUGUAUGAAGUAAAGCCAUUAAAUGAAUAUUUUGAUAAUAAUAUUGUUUUUCUUUUUACAAAGCACUAGAGAAUGCACAGAUAUACUUUGUGGACCAAUUAUUGAUAUAUAUUAUAAAUAUAUAUUAAGAUAUAUAAGUAUAGAGAGCAGUUCAUACAAAGUGUGCACAAGGAUUGAAAAUUCGCCUGAGCUGUUUAUGUUUUUAUAGAAAAUAAAUAGAAAAAUAGACAAUCAUUGUUUUGAAUAUUACUCCUAUUUUUGUAAACUGGAAUUAAAAGGAUAGUAUUUUUAUCCAUGACAGGCCUGAAGAUAUUAAUACUGACCAUUUGCUACUGUACAUAAACAAUGAUGCCCUGCUCCAGGGAGAUUUCGAGGUAAUGAUUUGGGAGAAUUGCUGAAUGGCAUUCUUUCCCAGUGAGUCUCUGGGGCAGACUGCUUCACUCCCAGCUGAACUCCACUGGGCACUGUCCCCUUUGCUGGGUGGCAAUUCCAGUACUUCUGCUUUCUUUGAUUCUACUUUUAUCUGUAUUUAUCUCUCUUUAGACUCUCAGCCCAGAAGGAAAUUCUCCUAAUAAAACAACAGCUCGAUCCAAAUUGUGCUUCUCCCCAGAAUACACACCACUCCUUGGGGGAAAAGUUGAGGAAUUGUACAGAGAAGGGAGACUAAGACAGGAAUCUCCCUUUUCUGUACUUCCAGGGAACUCCGUAUUCCAAGAUUAGGGCAACUGGAACAGAGUGAAGAAAGUAUAGGUAUGUAUGUUGGAAGAGGCAGAGCAUAAGGCAGUAGGAGGACCCUGAAGAGGGACUGAUUUGGGGCUGCCCCAAAGCUGGGAUGCUAGGGGGCAGCCCUGUCCCACUGUCCCCUGCCUGACUGAUUUUGGGCACUGGGUAUUGGAAAUGGUUGCAAAGUACAAUGUGUUUUUCUCCAGUGCUGUCCAUGCUUUUCAUCUUGUGAAAUGGCCUCCCCUUUGAACCCUGCUCUGUAAGAGCCUCCCCUUUCUUUUGUGGCGUUCUGAAGACUCCUCCUUCCCACUCUCUUGCUCUGUUUAAGUACCAGUUUACCAUUUUCAUUCACUUCUCUUAAUAACUUGUGAAUGCUUCUUUCUUUUUUUUGUUGUUUGAUGCAAAUAUUUACUGUAAAGUUUAGAAACCCCUGUGAAGUUGCCACUAAGUAAUUAUGCACUAAAUAUGAAUCUUUUGUUUCUUGUUUAUUGAGUUUGUAGGUAAAAUGUAUUUUUCUACAUUAUGGCUUAUUGCUUAGUAAAAUUUAUUUCAUAAAACCAAUCUUUGUCAUAUUAGAAUGUGUAGUGUUCACAUGUUGCUCAGUUUUGCUAACUGAUAAAUCAUUUAAACCUCAUCUUCUAAUGUAUGAGUACUAUCUUAUAUUUGUGGUCAAGAGUGAGGUAAAACAAGUUCUAACAGAUCCUGACAACCUUCCCUUGUAUCCUUUCUUGAUUACAGAAAGCAUGUCUGUCUGUUUCCUAUCAAUUCCUUGAACAUAUUGAGUAAUCUCUAUAAACAAAAGAACCUUCACCCAGCAACCAGAUCAAGUAACAACAGGCAAACCAGCCAUAUUCCCAAAUUUCAGGCACAAAUUCUUUCGGAACAGAAAGUAAAGAUUAAACAUUAGCUUGUAAAGUUUAAAGGACCUUUCCUUUUCCUUCACGGAUUUGAUCAGUAUGAAGUCAUAAAUCAAAGAAAACAGAAUUGGAUUUGCGUUCCCAGCCGGGAUGGAUGCUGCCAGGAGAUCACAUUGCAAACAGUGAAAGCACAGAGGCAUUCGAUCUAUGCCCGAGUCCUAUGUACAGGAUCAAUCUUUCUUUAAUUCUGCAGUCUCCUCAGGCAAUGUGACAUGGGAUGCAGUUUGCAGCGUUAGUGCCUUUCUUCGCCUUUUAAAUCGCCACGAAUCACAGAUGGCUAUUUAGUGGCCCUACAAUGCUGCAACACAUCGGCUUGCAUUUUAGUCUUAAUUAUUUGUUUCUUGGAUAAUGGGCAGAGUUUUCUGUAUUUGUGUCAGCUCUUAGUGGUGAAAUAGGGUUCUAGUUAGCCUUUUUUUUUUUUUAAAUGAAGUCUAAUUUAGUGUUCCCGUGGCUAGUUGCAAGCAUUUACAGUGAUCACCCAGUUUAAUCUUUUGUAUAAUUUUUAGAAAUGCCAAGAGCCUUACUAAACUGGAGCAGAUAUGAUAUAGUGAUAAUUUAGGUAGAUGUUAGUCUUGAAACUCUUAUUCUGUGUGCAACUGAUUAUAAAAACAUCUUAACCAAUUAUUAUUACACACAUGAUAUCUAUAACUAGGACUUUGAUAACUGUUAUAUAAAGUGUGUAAAAUUUGUAUGAAUAAAUUUUUGUAAACAAUGCAACUUCGUCUAAUG